UCCAAUAUGGCCGCGCCCAUGAGAGAAAAAUUUAUUUGACAUUCAGCAAGAUUUCAAUGAAAAUCAAGUAGUAUACGCUUUGAAAAUAGAUUGUUUUGGUUGUAAAGAUAUAACAAUACAACUUUGCACCAUUAUUUAGCGAUGCCAGUGAAAAAUUAUUUCCCAAUCUUCCACAAAUUGAAAUCUGGUGCAUACUCGUAUGUAUGGACAGAUAAGUGUGAAAGACUGUUACCAAAGCAUUACAAGGAACGAUGUCUGGAAUACAUGUUACGGGAACCAAAGCCAGUACACUGGAAACCAGACACAAGCAAAUAUGUCAUUGAUCAAUAUGGCACUAGGUUGCCAGUACAGAACCAUCCUGUACGUGUAAAGUACCCCCUGCAGUGUAACUAUGGACUGUGGGCUGGUGAGGGGGUUGUACAAAACUGGUCGAGAACUAUAAAAAGUAAGAAACAGGCUGAUCUCAUGAUUGACAGGGUUGCAAGAUAUUCUGUUCCAUUCCUGGUGAAUAGAGUAUUAUACAGUGAAAUACUUGACAAGUGGUUUCAAAUUCCAUGUACAAACAGAGCCAUGGACCUGAUUGACGAGGCCUUUGGUUUAGAUUACUAUAUUCUGAAGAACCAUGAACGUGAUCUCAACUCAAAGCUGGCAAUGGAUCUCAAACGAAAGAUGUUACUGCAGCUGUGUAAGGAUGCCGAGAAUUCCAAACUUACGGCAGAGCGACUGAAAGUGUUCAACCGAUACAAGGAAUUUAUGAUACCUGAAGAGGAAGCUGAAUGGGUAGGAUUGUCAAUUAAAGAAGCACUGGAAAAAGCUGAGGCUAAGACUGAGGCAGAAUCUUUACCUCCAUUGAAAGUUCUCAUUGAAGACCAGUUCUUGAAGGAACUAGCGGACUACAAUGAGGCAGAGAAAGAAGGUAAACAUGGAGAGGGGGAAUCUGAGCUGGGAAUGAAGAAAAUGACUCAACAACUGAAUACCAGCAAGCAAGCUUCCAAGAACUGGUUGAAAUAUUUUAGAAGAGGGAAAUCUGCAUAACAGACAAACAGAAACAUCAGGUCUACCUCAAGUUGGGAGUGAUAGGAUAUAACAAAAUUAUGUUCCUAUUUUCUUAUUCGAUGAAGAAACUUUCAGUAUACCGACCAACUGACAAGAAAAGUGAGAAUAAAGCUAUAAAAAGGAAACCCUAUUGAUUCAGGAAAAAUAAGUAUUUUUUCCCCAUUUAAUAAAUGAAACAUGCAAGCCAACAAAGUUCUUUUUAAUACAUUUUUUUCAUUGGAUAGGUAAGUUCAUAUGACACUGUUUCAAAUUCUGCCACCAAAAAAUCUUGAAUGGACAAAUUUAAUAGCGGACAUAGAAGUUCUUAACAAAAAGAAGUAUGAAGAGUUGCUACAUCAUAGCAACUUAUUUUGCAGAAACUUCUGUAAUAUUUUCACCAUUGCACUUAAAGUUGUUGUAAAAUGUGCACAUUCUUCAUUGUAAAUGCUAUGUAAGAAAAAAGCAUAGUAAUGUGUUCACGUUCCAAUGUAUUCUUGAUUUGUAAGAAAAAUAAACAUGACCAGUUUUCUA